AUGCCAAUAGCAGUAAGCUCGCCGUUGAGCUCGAGACACAGCAGUGGCGGAGGGGGGAGAGCUCGCUGCUGGGUGCGCACGGUGCUCUGCUGGAGUGGCGCGCGCUGCUCUGCUGGGGCGCGCGGUGCUCUAGUGGAGAGGCGCGCUGCUCUGCUAGGUGGCACGCGCUGCUCUGCUAGGGCACGCACUGCUCUGCUGGGUGGCGCGCGCUGCUCUGCCGGGGCGCGCGCUGCUCUGCUGUGUGGCACGCGCUGCGCUGCUGGGGCGCGCGCUGCUCUGCAGGGUGGUGCGCGCUGCUCUGCAAGGUCGCGCGCUGCUCUGCAGGGUCGCGCGCUGCUCUGCAGGGGCGCGCGCUGCUCUGUGGGGUGGCGCGCGCUGCUCUGCUGGGGCGCGCGCUGCUCUGCAGGGUGGCACGCGCUCCUUUGCUGGGUGGCGCGCGCUACUUAG